AUUUCACAAUGACAUUUGUAUGUUUUCAACACAUCAAAAACAAAAAAUAAAUUAUUUCACAGACAUGAAUUUGCUUCACCACACUUUGAUUUUCUUAAUAGGCCUCAGGACUUCUGUGGCACUCAGACAUGAGAGAUGUUCGUUCAUCGCAAAUCCUGGUCCUUGCAAGGGACAUUUUGAAAUGUUUGCCUACGACUUGGAAAACAAUGUAUGUGUAGAAUUCAUAUACGGUGGUUGCGGCGGAAACCCGAAUCGUUUUCAAACUAAAGAGGAAUGCAUACUUCUAUGUAAUGCUUUAGCUGAUGAAGACGACUACCUUAUAGUUGAUACUGACAAAAAUGAACAACAAUAUAUAACCACAUUGUCAGAAAGUUCGGAAAUUACCACGAAAAGAGAAAACAUUAAUUAAGUGGUUAUUAUUUAAGUAAUGAUUUACAACUUACCAUAAAAUCUUGAGCAAUGGCCACGACAUUAAGUAGCUGAUGGUGCCAACACCAUUCCAACAACGAAUUUACUCGAAUUGUCGAUUUCCUUAUAACCAACAGCACUGGUUGUGUGUUUAGCAUACGUAGAUUGCGAUACAAAAUUUCCAGUAUGUCUUCCGGUGAAUCGUUAACAAAAGCUAUUGUAAGGACAUUAUGUGACGGAUUUUCAAGCAAAUUAUAGGUUUCCCUAGAGUGUUCUUUAAUUUGAAGCACGGGAAUAGGAAUUUGCCACAAGGUAUCCAACCAAGUCGGAUCGAAGUUGCCCAAAAGCAGAACAUAUUCAAUGUUAAGUUCACGCCUCAGUUGAUGAAGUAAAUUAUGAUAGGAGCAAUCCCCGCCAGGACAAAGGAGAACAAAGGCGACUAACAGUAGGUGCGACUGACCCAUGUUGAAUGUGGAAAUGGUUUUCCACUGCCAACUUAUAUGUUGUCCUUUCAACUGCCAGCAACGGCACCCAUGGGAGAUGAGGUGUCGCGACCAACUUUUUAUUUAUUUAACAGUGCAAUUAAGUUGACACCUUAUUGUAAUUAAAUAAUAUACAUAUGUGGCUUAAUUUACACAUUCUAAUUAACUGAACUGUGUUAGGUAUUUCAAUGUACCAAACAAUAAUGCCUACAGCUUUUUGGCACGUAAUAUUGAUUAUGCCAUGAAAAUGUUACAAUAAGCCUCGUGGUCAUUUUAAAAGGCCACUAAACCGACUAACGAUCCCACUAGUAGCACGCCUCCAUUUCCCAGCAUUUCCUCCUGUGAUGAAGACGUUUUCACACAGGCUUCAAUAAAUUCAAAAACUAAAACCGCCCA